CCUGCUCGACGUGGUGAAGUUGCACUAGACUUUUUGUGGGUUAUCUUUCGUAUGCAUCCUGCAUAACAAUGUCCCAUACUUUGAAACCUCCGAAACGAAAGUCUUCCGCAAAGGGCAUCGGUGCUAUAGACAUUGACGAUGACGAAGGGCACGACUUAAUGGGAGCAUCCGGGCAGGGAUACUCUUGGGAAGAAGAGUAUAAGCGAAGUUGGGAUAUUUUGCAAGAAGAUGAGCAGGGAUCUCUUCAGGGGGUUGUGGCUUCCAUUCAGCAGCAGCUCAAACGCCGAAGACUACAUCGUGACACGGCGACAGUUCAACGAGGAAUUAUUCGGCACCUGUAUUUAGUAAUAGACCUGUCGCGCGCUAUGGCGGAACUCGACCUCAAGCCUUCGCGGAUUGAAUGCACCAUGCGAUUAGCUGAAGAGUUUAUUGGAGAAUAUUUUGACCAGAAUCCGUUGAGUCAGUUGGGCAUCAUCAUUACUCGGGAUGGUUUAGCAGAACAGCUCACAGAAUUGACGGGAAACCCCACGGACCACACCUCAGCUCUCCAAAAAAGAUCUAAUCGUGAACCUAAAGGAGAGCCCUCACUUCAAAACGCAUUAGAACUAGCGCGAACGUCGUUGGCCCAUGUUCCUUCUCACGGUUCUCGGGAAAUCCUAGUACUGUAUGCUUCUUUAACGACCUGUGAUCCCGAUAAUAUCUUGGACACUCUCGAGUCAUUGAAGAGGGAAUGCAUUCGCGUGUCAAUGGUUGGACUGUCGGCGGAGGUGCAAGUGUGCAGAACAAUAUGUCGCGAAACCAAAGGAACCUACAACGUGGUAUUGAACGAGAUGCACUAUAAGGAUAUUCUUUUUGAGAACAUUCCACCACCCGUCGCAACCGCGCAGCGUACGGCAAGCCUUAUACAAAUGGGGUUUCCAACCACUAGAACGUAUGAGGAACCAACAUUAUGUGCAUGUCAUCAUAAAUUGAUACGGAAAGGUUACGUCUGUCCGCGCUGUUCAUCAACGGUCUGUGAAAUCCCUACCGACUGCCCUGUCUGCUCCUUGACGCUGGUCUCAAGUCCAUUACUGGCGAGGUCGUAUCACCACUUGUUUCCAGUCGAGAACUACAAAGAAAUAGGUUGGGCCGGAGUACUUAGCACGAUGCCUAAGCAUUGCUUCUCGUGUCUAGUGCCCUUUCACGGGCCCCCGCAAUCCAUGUCUCAUCGAAGGUUGUCUACAGCAGGCAACACCGGAGGAGGAACGGCUAUAGGUAUAGGAAGUGGAAGAUUCGAAUGCCCCAAGUGUAAAGAGCAAUUCUGUCUGGAGUGCGAUGCGUAUGUGCAUGAUGUACUCCACAAUUGUCCUGGAUGUGUAAACAGAUAGUGACUUCACAAUGAAAAAGCCAGUGGUUGGAUGGUCCAUA